GACAGAGGCGUCUCUACCCAGAGAGUGUCAUCACAAAUUACCAGGAGAAGGCUCUCCGACGCUCACUGCCUCUUCUGCUUUUGGCAGGAGCUAACGCACUGCACGCCAGCCGCCGCCUCCACCUCCACCUCCACCAGAGCUCCGCUGUAGCCUACCAGCUCUCGCUCUCUCGCUCUCUCUCUCUCUCUCUCUUUUUUUGCUCCUUCGUCUGCGCUCUCUCCCUCUCUCUCUCUCCCUCUCUGCUUCCUCUCAGCACACCUCUCUAUCUGCUCCAGCUGUAUCACCACCUUGUCGUCUUCAGUUUCAUUUCUUGGCAGCCCCCAAAAAAAAAAAAAAAAAAAGAAUGGAUCUAUAAUUUAUCUUUUUAAAACGGUAGAAUCCUUCUCCGAAAGCGGCAAUUUUUUUUUUAAAUAUAUAUAUUUAUCCAUUUCUUUGCUUUUUAAUUUUUUUUUCUCUAAUGGCAAGACUUGGUCAGUGUGGUCUAACUGAGACGUGAUGCUUCAGGAUUUAAGUGCGAGUGUCCUCUUUCCAGCGUGUCUGCAGCACCGAAGUUUUGCUCAAGUUCCCGACAAUGACGAGCAGUUCGUUCCAGACUUCCAGACUGAAAACUUGGCUUUCCACGGACUGCAGCUGAAGAUCAAGAGGGAGCUGCACAGCCCGUGUUCAGAGCUGAGCUCCAACUGUAGUCAGGAACGGCCCUUCAAGCUCCAGUAUGGAGAGAAGUGCCCCUUCAACGUCAGUGCCUAUGAGCAGAAGCAGCCUGCAGGAAUGAAGCCCUCCAGCCCAGUGACGCCCCCCUGUAGCACCCCGGUGUCCCCCCUCCACCAUGCCUCGCCCACGGCGGCCCCGACGCCCAAACCGGACCGGACCUACGCCCACAUACCGGCCUCGCAGCCGCUCCCCGACAGCGCCUACUCCAUGGACCACAGAUUUCGCCGUCAGCUCUCCGAGCCGUGCCACUCGUUCCCCUCCCCGCCCACCAUGGCCCGGGACAGCCGGCCCAUCUACCACAGGCAGAUGUCCGAGCCCAACAUCCCCUUCCCUCCUCAGGGCUUCAAGCAGGAGUACCCCGACCCCCUGUUCGAACACCCGGCCGUGAUGGGGGCGCCGCUGCCCCACGCGUACCCGGCCAUGAUGAUCAAACAGGAGCCGCGGGACUUCACCUACGACUCAGCAGAAGUGCCUAGCUGCCAUUCUGUCUACCUGCGGCAAGACGGCUACCUGGCUCACGCCAACCGGACCGAAGGUUGUCUGUUCGACAAAGCGGCGAGGCAUUUCUACGACGACACCUGCGUGGUGCCUGAAAAGGUCGAAGGGGACAUCAAACAGGAGUCGGGCCUCUACCGCGAGGGCCCGUCGUACCAGCGCAGAGGCUCGCUGCAGCUCUGGCAGUUCCUGGUGGCUCUGCUGGACGACCCGUCCAACUCCCACUUCAUCGCCUGGACCGGCCGCGGCAUGGAGUUCAAACUCAUCGAGCCGGAGGAGGUGGCACGCCGGUGGGGGAUACAGAAGAAUCGACCGGCGAUGAAUUACGACAAGCUCAGCCGAUCGUUGCGCUACUACUACGAGAAGGGAAUCAUGCAAAAGGUGGCCGGAGAGAGAUACGUCUACAAGUUUGUGUGCGACCCCGAGGCCUUGUUCUCCAUGGCGUUCCCCGACAACCAGCGGCCGGUGCUGAAGACGGACAUGGAGCGGCAGAUCAACGAGGAGGACACGGUGCCGCUGUCGCACUUUGACGAGAACAUGGCCUACGUACAGGAGGCGCCGUACUGCCCGCCGCACCCCUACAGCGAAGGCUAUGUUUAUUAACGCCCCCGCCUCCCCCGCACACACACACACGCACACACACACACACACACACACACAGGCAGCGGCAACUCCCCCAUAUCUCUCUGUCACACACACACACUUUCUAUUUUUCUUUUCAAGCCGCGGGACGGAGAGUGCACUUUAUGGACAGGAAGCGCGGCGUUAACCUGCCAGGGCCCCGCUGCGUGGUUUGGCUUUUUAGCCGUUGUUUAUGUUUGUACAUUAACGUGGGAGUCAUUGUUGGGUUUUUUUGUUAUGGUUUCCAAGCAUGUGGCGCCCCGGUGAGACAGGACUCGUGCUCACCCGAGGGCUGACACUUAAGACUCACCUGCGAAAGAGACUCGAUUCAUCCGAAGGACGAUCGCUUCUGGUUGUUGUUUUACUUUGGAACAGCCGUCCCGUACUUUCAUGCUCAUCUUUAAAGUGAACACUGGCAACGUGGCGAAGGGACGUGAUUAUAGACUAACGCGGCGAGGAAAGAGAAGCACCCGCUCACUCCUCAAUGAUCUCGACCCCCAUCGUCCAGUCGGCCUGCAGAGCUUAUUUUGCCGUUGUUGACAGGGUUCGUUCUCUCCGUGAAGCCCCUCGGGGCAGUGAGGUAAAGAAACCAGGAUGCAUCACGGGGUUGUGCAGAUGAAAAUACGGCCUGUGUUUAAGGAUAAAUCAAUAAAGCUCCGAGCCGCUGUAGGACGGCAGCAUUUCUUUGUAGUUUUCUUGAUGGAUUACAGGUGGAAGUGUAUGUACAGUCAGUGGACACAGCAGCCAAUACACGCAGGAUUAUUUGCAUCCCCAAAAUGAAGAUGAAAAGAUUUUAUCGGCCUAAGAAUUAAAAAACCUAGAAAAAAAAAAAGACAAAGUCAAAUAUUUCCCUGAUUUGAUUACUGUUUUGUUCCAGAUGAAACAAGAGGUGUACAUUUUUGUUUUGACUUUGAUUUUUGGUCAAAUUAAAUUUUAAAAAAGUAUAAGGAAUAUUUAGUCUUAUGUGAUGAAAAACACAUUCAUGUUACAACAGAAAUAAUGUUCCAUUGUAUAAUCAGGUAAAUGCACAUUUUGUUGCUGCUUCAAAUUGUAAGUGUAUUUUAAAAAAGAAUAAGUGCGGCAGUUACAACCUGCUAUUCUGGAUUUCUUUUUUUAUUGUUAUUAUUUUGACUUUUUACCUGUUUUUGUUUGAUCUGAGCAUUAAAAAAAGAAUCUGGUCUGA